CAACUUCUGAGUUUACAUUGGACUGUGAAUUGUUACUACAAUUUUAUCAUGUACAGACUACACCUGAGCUCGAUAGAGCGCUCCAAAAAAUUGUACGUACGAUGCCUAUCCUCGACAUCGGCUUCCUCUCAGAAAAGCCGAGUUUCACGGACUCUUUAUCGUCAGCUUUUGCGCUGGUGCCAGGCAACGGAUCACGCAAUUCCAUUAUUUAAUUUAAUACCACCGAUUCAUAUGGAAACACCCGAGCAGAUUGACUCGUAUCGGAUGGAAUUGCUGGCGCACAAAACCGGAACGCUGGACGACCCGGCAGUCAAGCGAGCACGGACCCUUUUGCCUCCGAAAAUGAACAAACGACGUCUAUGUUUCAAAAGCAGCGUGUUUCAGUAGCCUUUGAAGCCCUGAAAUCAUUGACUGAGCUAAAUGGCGGACUCUCAACGUUGGUUGAGGAUAGGGGGCGCCAUACAAAUCGGGAGAACGUGCGGUUUCGUAUAGGUCAGGUAGUCCAGCAUCAGCACGAACGAUGGCGUGGAGUUGUAGCGGCAUGGGAGCGUCCUAAGGAACACCCCG